CGACGCGGAAUGCAACACGUUCAAGCUUUGCUGGAGCAACCUCCGUCAAGUGGGUCUGACCGAAACAACAAGCGUUGUGAAUGCCAUGGGCGUGACCACGACGUUGCACAUCAAGACGAUCUCGCCGGUCAAUCGGUACGCGCUCUGGUCGACGCUCUCCAUGUAUGGCGCCUUUGAAAACGACAUGGGCAACUUCUACCUCGGCGUCAACGACAGCCUCGUGACCAACAGUCCGACCUUUUUCGGCCACACAAUACCACAAGCGAUCGAAAUGUACAAUGUGCCGUAUCCUCUCAAUGCGAUCAACCAAGCGCUCCACGACCACCUCGGGUCCCUUGGGUCCGUCGACCUUUGGAUGCUACGCCCCCCAUCAAGUCUCCUCGCCUACGCCACCGCCUUCCAGCACCGUCUCCAGAGCGCAAAACAAGCCUCCUCACACUUUGCAACGGCCUUGGAUGCGAUCGAGACAACGGUCCUGCACCCGACGCCGCGCGUCUGGCAGUCGACGGAUCUCGUCUUCCUCGGUGGCAACCCCAUGUGCGCGUUUGGGGCACCCUACAGCUUUGUACAAGAGUCGUUUGGCUUUGACGAUACGUGUGCAACCCAGCGUCCGUGGACUAGUACGUGGACCAGCACGUCGAUCCUCUUUGCGUUGUCCAUCGAGAAUCAUGGAAUCGACGUGGCAGCCAUCUGUCGUACAUCGGGCUUGGUACUCGCAGAAGCAGACUCUUGUCAGCGCACCUUGGCGGCGGCAGUCACCAUCUACGACCGUCUACCGCAAGUGACGUCGUUCAAUACGACGGGAAUGAUUGCGGACGUUGAAGCUCUGGCCCUAUCGACCCUGCAGUUUGUUCGAAAUCUAUCCUCCAAUAGCAGCAGCGUCGACGUGCGCAGUCAGCUACUGCUGCCGCACGACGCCCAGCACUGGCGUAUCUUUGGCUGGAUUAGUCUCUUUGAAUGGGCGCUUGGGCAGCGGGAAGCGGUGGCUUUCGAAGGCGACGUCCAAACAUUCCACCUUCUCUCGUACGCCUACCCUCCAAUCGAUCAAGUGGCGAAUCCGCUCGACGUCGGACAGAGCUUUGCCUUUUACAUCCACGGAGUCUGUGGCUACGUCACCAUCGCGUUGGUGGCCGUUGCUGUCAUUAUCGCAUUCGCCAUGUGCUUUCAAACCACCGGCAACGCCACGCCGUCCGACUGGCUGCGCUGGCACCGCGUUGCUGGUACAACGUGGGUUGGGCGCCCGCUACUCGUUGUGCGCGCGCUGGCUGCGAUAGCGUGCCUUUCCACCGCACCCGUCAGUCUCGAACCGGUACCUGGCGGUGGCAGUGCCUUUGCGUCGGCGCCGCGAUCGCUGCUAGAGUCCAUGGUACUGGUCGGCGAGUCGCUCUGGCUUGUGUACGUCUUGAACGAACUCGUGCUCUUUUGGACAGGCCGGCGCACACGUCAGGUAGCACCGAUCGUGGCUACACUUGUCUUUUGCAUCGGCGUGCUUCUUGAUGCUAUCUGGCCACCGACCGUGUCGGCGUCCAUUUACCGCACGUGCCGAGCCUUGCACGUGGACCACGACCUUUUGUGUUCAAGCGGCGUUGUCAAUAUCGGGUACCUCGAUCGAUUGACCGUGCACCUAUGUGUGCAGUGCCUUGGUGGUCUUGUAUGCACGGUUGUAUGUCUUCUGUGGCCAUCACGAAGCACAUCGGUGGUCGCGCCGUCGCUCCUGCUGCCGGGCUAUGCGACCGUGUAUCUCUGCGACCGCAGUAGCAACAACAGCGAGUGGCGCAUGGACCGUAUUCGUGCCGCGCUCAGUGGCCUCCUCCUCUUUUCUUACAAGGGCACAGUGUAUAUGUUUGACUAUACCCUCUGGCGCUGUCUCUCGGCAAGCGAACUUGGCAUGCGCGAGGCUGCGAUCGCGACGUUUUCGCUGCCCCAUACUGACCACACGGUGCGUGGGGACGGCCCAGGGCUCGAGCACGUGUUGAGCGCCGCGAGCUUUCGCGGCAUGCGCGUGCUCGUCAAGACGCGCUGGUUCGUUCGCGGCUCGUGGGCGCUCUUGGGCCUGGUGUACGUGGUCGUCUCCCUCGUUGGCAACGUCUACUACAUGACGAUCACGUCCCCGCACGUGCUCGCCAACGACUUUUACUGGGGUAACUUUAACAGCUCGGGCGGCCACACGUACCUCGCCAACCUCUUCAACGCCCAACUACUCUCUUGGCAUGGCGCGCCUCGCGAUAUCGUGCUCGAUGACCCUGCCCUCGGCGACGUUCGCCAGCUCUACAACGCGUCGACAACCACCAUCGCCUUUCCCGAGACGCUCGGUCGUCGCCAGCUCUUUCCCAUCACGGAGAAUAGCACCGAUGCGCUCAUCGCAGUCGUGCGCGACCUCCGCGCCAUGGACCCGUGUGCGAUGCCCACCAUGUUUACGCAAUACUGCUGGCUCGACUUUCAUCGUGUCUAUGCAAUGGCGAGCUCUGCAGCGCGCCAAAACCGGUGUGCAGCAACCAUGUCAACGAAUGGCGCCGUGUACCUCGAAGGUGUUCUGCGCAACCUCAAGAGCUGGGACGACUGGCAGCGCUGCUGGGGUCUCUCGUUCCAGCUCGGUUUUGGGGUCGACUUGAUGGGCUCGACCGACGGCCGUCGCUGGCUCGAGAGCAUUAAAGGCGUUUCGACCACACUUCGGGACGAAGUGGUCUACUGGCAAACGUAUCGCAUCCGUCAUUUCACGCUGCAGUGGCAAAACUACAAGACACUCGGCUUUGCCGACACCUUUCACAUCACCAAUGCGCUGGACUUCGCCUACGAUCUAACGCUCGCCCACGUGGAUGCCGAGAUGCACUGGAACCAGCAGACGUCACUCAAGAUGUACUGGUCGUUCGCGUCCGACCUCUGGGCCAUUUCGACCAACGCGACCUUGAUCGGCGGCCAUAGCCUGAUGCGUGAGAGCGCACACUUUGCAUUUGCUAAUGUGACGAGCGCCAUGCUGCUGACGCAGAACCUGACGCUUCCGAAUCCACUCACGCGGGGGCUGACGCUGCUUGCGUCAACAAUAGGGCCGUUUGGCACCGUUGAUAUGGUCUACGUGCCCUGUCCGGCGCCGCUGCUAACGUGGUUCGAGAGCAUGCUCUCGAGUUUGAAUCGACUGUUGGCGACGGACCGCGAGGCGCAAGCGGCGUUUCUCUCGCUGCCGCUCAAGCAGUACGUCGGGCCUUUCCCAAAGGCGUUGAAUAGUACCGACAUUGCGUUUGCCGGCGGCAAUCUUCUCUGCGGCGAUGACCUUGCCGCGUCACCGCUGCACGUGUCCAUAAUCGUCGCGUCACCUCUUUAUCGCGCGUUUACGCCAUCGACUGCGUGCCACACCCUUGUCUUUGAAUUUACGUCGCCCGACCAAUUCCAGUUGCUCUUUGCGCUCGCAGCGUACAGCGCGUCUCGGGCGGUACCAACAGCGACGCUGCGUCGACUCUGCGCCUACGACUUUACGGCCGCUUUGUCGUGCAGCGACGUCUAUGGCGCGAUGCAAUCGUUUCUUACUAUGUACAAGUCGUCCUUUGCAGCGCCCAACGACCUCGCACCGGGCGUUGAAGCCAGCGUGCGGCAACUUGACGUGCAAUUUGUGCAGUUUAUUUUGAAUGGCUCGGUGCCGUCGCUCUUCCACGUCAACAUCCUCGACGACGGCCCGGCACACGACGAGUCGUGGCCGUUCUACGGCUGGGUUUUUCUCUAUGGCUGGGCAGCCGGCACGCGUGAAGUCGUGCAAUUUAACGGCGAUAGCGGCGUCCUCACGGCCAUUUCGGGGCCGCUUCUUACACACAACAUGCGCCCCAAUCCCGCCGAGAUUCGCCAGGAUAUGUCCAUCGUGCUGCUCACCUCCGUACAGUAUAUCACGGUGGUAUUUGUGUUGCUUGCCAUCGCCAUUGCUCUCUAUGCGAUGAGCAGCCUCCUGCACAUUGAAGGAUGCAACCUCUUUCAGAUGAACCGCACGAUUGGGCUCGUCUGGAUCGGUCGGCCGUGCCUCCUCCUCCGAAGCAUGACGGCGAUGGUCUGUCUGCAUACAAGUGCCAUCUCGCUCACGCAAGUCGGCGCCGUUUCUGUCUUUACAACACCGGUGGUGCCGUGGUACACCCGCCUCCUCGUCUCAGGAGAAGUCAACUGGCUCGUAUACGUGCUCAACGACACGUUUAGCACCUACACGAAAGCAACGACGCCAGUCUAUGCCACGCGCAGUGCGCUCCUCGCGUGGCUGGUCAUGUUUGUGUGGAUCAGCAUUUCGCCCGCCACAUAUGAUGCACGAUUACAGCGGUCGUGCUCGGCCCUCCACAUGGAUCAAGCGCUAACAUGCUCGAGCGGCUACGUCCAGCUCGGGUCGGUGCGCCGGCUGUGGUACACGCUCUGUGUGUGCUGUAGCUGCAUUGGUGUCGCGUAUGUCUCGGUACGACAGAGAGCGACGACGCCAUCGUCGCUCUUCCUCUCGUCGGCCGGAAAGUACAUGCUUCGAACGCACAAGUACAACGGACUCGACUACAUUGACAAGGCGUCUGGCCUCAUGGCCGGCCUUCUCUCGCUCCAAUGGCACGCCCACGGCUUCUACGUCUUUGAUAUCAAAAAGUGGCGCUUCCUGUACGUCGCGUCGCCCGAAGCCCCGGGUCGAUUCGCCCACGCGAUCCCGCUGCGACAUUGA